AUGUCGGCGUCGCCGCGAUUGAGCGCGGUGCGGCUCGCGGCGAGCGUCGAGGCGCGCAUCGACGAGACGCGCGAAUCGAUCGAACACGUGCGAAUCGCGUGCGAAGCGGCGACGGAGGCGGCGCGGAUCGCCGAACGGGACGCGAGAGGGUCGUCGAAGGCGCUGCGAGCGAAGGUGGAGGCGCUGUGCGAGCUGAAGCGGGAGAAGCUGGCGCGGGUGGACGCGCUGGAGGCGCUGCGGCGAGAGUACGAGUGCGCGGCGACGACGGAGUUUAAUUUUGAGGAAUACCUGACGAAGAAGACGAAACAUUACGCGAGUAAGCGUCGACAAGAGUUGGAAUACUUGAUAGCGUUCGAUGAGGCGGUGCGGGGGGUGGAUGGGGACGAUUUGGACGCGGAUUUGGUGUUGGACGAAGAAGACGGGACGGCGGGGGCGAGAAACGCGAAGUGUCCGCUGACGGCGAAACGGAUCGAGGCGAUCGAUGAGCCGGUGGAGGAUAAGAUGGGAUUCAUCUACGAGAAGGACGCGAUCAUGAGGUACAUCGGGUCGAAAAAAUCGGUGGAUUGCCCAGAGGCGGGGACGAGGCACAAGGUGAGUAAGGCGGAUCUCAAGCCUUCGCGGACGGCGCUCAAGAUGAAACAAAGAGCCGAGGGACUGGACGAGGACGAUUCCGGGCAGUUACUGUCGCCGUGA